UUCGCGUCCUUUUGAAGGACGCCCGCCCAGAACCCCGGCGCCGGCUGCGAAGUAUUGUCCGGCUUCUGGAGCCCUAACAAAGCGUCCCUCCCCGCUUUGCAGAGCACUGGAGGCAGCGGCCGGCUGUGCGGGCGCAACGGAGAGGCCGACAGAAGGUGAGCGCUGCGGGCGAUGGGAUGGAUGAGGCAGAGCAGGACCAGCAUGAGGCCCGACUCAAGGAGCUGUUUGACAGUUUUGACACGACGGGCACCGGGUCCCUGGGACAGGAGGAGCUCACCGACCUCUGCCACAUGCUGAGCUUGGAGGAGGUGGCCCCGGUGCUGCAGGAGACGCUGCUUCAGGACAACCUCCUGGGCCGGGUGCAUUUUGACCAGUUUAAGGAAGCAUUAAUACUUAUCUUGUCUAGAACUCUAUCAAAUGAAGAGCACUUUCAAGAACCAGCAUCUGUGGGUGUCAGCUGCCAACAAGUAGCUCGGGUGUCUGGGCCGCUCCUGAAUGCUCACAAGCUGACACAAUCUCUUCUGAUAAAAGACUGCACUCUGGAAGCUCAGCCCAAAUAUGUUAGAGGUGGGAAGCGUUAUGGACGCAGAUCUUUACCUGAAUUUCAAGAAUCCGUGGAGGAGUUUGCAGAGGUGACCGUCAUCGAGCCACUCGAUGAAGAAGCACAGCCUUCACACAUCCCAGCCAGUGAGCGCAGCGAGCACUGGAAGACGCAGCGCAGCGAGGAGUAUGAAGCGGAAGGCCAGUUAAGAUUUUGGAACCCAGAUGAUUUGAAAGCCUCACAGAGUGGGUCUUUGGCUCCCCAAGACUGGAUAGAAGAGAAACUGCAGGAGGUUUGUGAAGAUUUGGGGAUCACUCGUGAUGGUCACCUGAACCGAAAGAAGCUGGUCUCCAUCUGCGAGCAGUAUGGUUUGCAGAAUGUCGAUGGAGAGAUGCUUGAAGAAGUCUUCCAUAAUCUUGAUCCUGAUGGUAUGAUGAGUGUAGAAGAUUUUUUCUAUGGCUUGUUCAAAAAUGGAAAACCUCUUACACCAUCAGCAUCUACCCCAUAUAGACAAUUGAAAAGGCACAUCUCCAUGCAGUCUUUUGAUGAGAGUGGACGACGGACCACCACCCCAUCUGCGAUGAUGAGUACCACUGGUUUCCGGGUCUUCUCCUGCCUGGAUGAUGGGAUGGGCUAUGCAUCAGUGGAGAGGAUACUUGACACCUGGCAGGAAGAAGGCAUUGAGAACAGCCAGGAGAUCCUGAAGGCCUUGGAUUUUAGCCUGGAUGGAAAUGUCAACUUGACAGAGUUGACACUGGCUCUUGAAAAUGAACUUUUGGUCACCAAGAACAGCAUUCACCAGGCAGCUCUGGCCAGUUUUAAGGCUGAGAUUCGGCAUUUGCUGGAGAGAGUUGAUCAGAUGCUCAGAGAAAAAGAGAAGCUAAGGUCUGAUCUGGACAAAGCUGAGAAGCUGAAGUCUCUAAUGGCCUCAGAGGUGGACGAUCACCACGCAGCCAUAGAGCGGCGGAAUGAGUACAACCUCAGGAAACUGGAUGAAGAGUACAAGGAGCGAAUAGCAGCCUUAAAGAAUGAGUUUCGAAAGGAGAGAGAACAGAUCCUGCAACAGGUGGGCAAGCAGCGUUUGGAACUUGAGCAAGAAAUUGAAAAGGCAAAAACAGAAGAGAAUUACAUCCGGGACCGCCUCGCCCUCUCUUUGAAGGAAAACAGUCGUCUAGAAAAUGAGCUUCUGGAGAACGCAGAGAAGUUGGCAGAGUAUGAGAGUCUGACAAACAAACUUCAGCGAAAUUUGGAAAAUGUUUUGGCAGAAAAGUUUGGUGACCUUGAUCCCAGCAGUGCUGAAUUCUUCCUGCAAGAAGAGAGGCUGACACAGAUGAGAAAUGAAUAUGAGCAGCAGUGCCGGCUAUUACAAGACCAAGUAGACGAACUCCAGUCUGAACUGCAAGAAUAUCGUACCCAAGGCAAAGUAUUCAGGCUUCCCUUGAAGAACUCACUGUCAGAAGAACUUGAUAUUAACAGUGGUUGCAUCGAGCCUGACCAGGGGCUUGGUUCUGAAGAAUGCAAUCCACUGAAUAUGAGCAUCGAGGCAGAGCUGGUCAUCGAACAGAUGAAAGAACAACAUCACAGGGACUUGUGUCACCUAAGACUGGAGCUUGAAGAUAAAGUGAACUAUUAUGAAAAGCAGCUAGAUGAAACCAAAGUUGCCUUUGAAAAGGAGCAGGAGAACAUGAAGCUCAAGUGUGAGAAUGAAGUACACAUCUUAGAAGAACAAAUAAGUGACCUUAAAAAUAAAAUUGCAGAACUUCAGGGCCAAACAGAAGUACUCAAGGAGGCGCAACACAUGGCUAUCUGCAGACAUGAGGAGGAGAAAAAACAGCUGCAGAUGAUGUGGGCUGAGGAAAAGACUCACGUGCAGGAGGAGCUGCGGCUGGAACAUGAGAUGGCCCUCAGGGCUAGGCUGGAGCAGGUGGAGGAAGGCUUUAACAGAGAGAGGGAAAAACUUGUUCAAAAUGGCGCCUGGACAGAGGAGAAGGUGAGGGGCUUGACUCAGAAACUAGAACAAGCUCACCAGGAGCAGCUGAAAAGCCUGGUGGAGAAACACAUUCUUGAGAAAGAGGAAUUGCAAAAAGAGCUCUUGGAAAAACACCAAAGGGAACUACAUGAGGGAAGGGAAAAAAUGGAAACUGAGUGUAAUAGAAGAACCUCUCAGAUAGAAGCCCAGUUUCAGGCUGACUGUCAGAAAGUCACUGAGAGAUAUGAACACGCCCUGCGGAGCCUGGAGGCGCACUACCGCCAACAGCUGAAGGAGCUCCUGGACCAGCAAUGCGAGGAGAGGUCCCAGUGGGAGUUCGAGAAGGACGAGCUCACCCAGGAAUGUGCGGAAGCCCAGGAGCAGCUCAAAGAGACUCUGCAGAGGGAGAAAGCAACCUCUUUGGUCCUCACCCAGGAGAGAGAGAUGCUGGAGAAAACAUACAAGGAGCAUUUGAAUAGUAUGGUUGUUGAGAGAGAGCAGCUGCUACAGGACCUGGAAGAUCUGAGAAACGUGUCUGAACGUCAGCAAAGUCUCCUGUCCAACCAGAUACUUGAGCUGAAGAGCAGUCACGAAAGAGAGCUGAAGGACCGUGAGCAGGUCCCGUGCCACGCGGGCACCUCAGAGCAACUGGUCAGCCAGAGGCUUGAACGGCUGCAAAGGGAACAUGACCAGGAGACGCAGGAAAUGAUGUCCAAGCUUCUGGUCAUGGAGAGUGUCCACAGAGCAACCUGUGAGAAAGCAGAUCGAGAGAGGGCUGAGAUGAGCACAGAAAUCUCCAGGCUCCAGAAUAAAAUCAAGGAGAUGGAGCAGGUAGUGCCUCCUCCCUCCAGGCUUCAGAAUAGCUGUCAGGUGAUAGGAGGGGAGGAGGCAGAAGAAAAUGGUGCCAUGUCCCUGCUUCAGCAAGGAGAACAGCUGUUGGAAGAGAAUGGAGAUGUUCUCUUAAGCCUGCAAAGAGCCCAUGAACGAGCAGUGAAGGAAAAUGUGAAAAUGGCAACUGAAAUUUCUAGGUUGCAGCAGAGGCUGCAAAAAUUAGAACCAGAGUCAAUAAUGUCUUCUUGUUUAGAUGAACCAGCUACUGGGCUCUUUGGAAAUUCAGUGGAACAAACAGAGCCAUUUUUACAGCCAAACCGAAUCAAACAAGCAGAAGGUGGAACCACGCAGCGUAUUCUCAAUGACCUACAAGGUGAUGACGUCCGUGACCUCGAAAGUACAGGGGCGAGCUCUGGUCAGAGACAGGUCAGAGUAGAGGAGUCUGAAGCAUCAAUAGAGAGUUUUUCCGAGCUUGAAAAUAGUGAGGAGACCAGAACUGAAACCUGGGACCUGAAGAACCAGGUUGGCCAGCUUCGGGAACAGUUAAUGAUCUUACGUGCAGACUGCGAUCGAGCGUCUGAAAAGAAACAGGACCUACUGUUUGAUGUUUCUGUGCUAAAAAAGAAACUGAAGAUGCUUGAAAGAAUUUCUGAAGCUUCCCCCAAGUAUAAACUGUUAUACGAAGAUGCCAGUAGAGAAAAUGAAUGUCUUCAGGAAGAGCUGAGGAUGAUGGAGACUCGCUACGACGAAGCACUAGAAAGUAAUAAAGAGCUCACUUCAGAAAUGUUCAGAUUACAGGAUGAGCUAAAGAAGGUUGAAGAAAUGACUGACACAUUCCUUAGCCUGGAAAAGAGUUACAAUGAGAUCAAAAGAGAAAACGAGGAACUGCAUGUUCUGGUUUUGAGACUUCAAGGCAAGAUUGAGAAGCUACGAGAAAGAGCAGCACUGCAGUGUGACUGCUUCUCCUUAUGGGAAGCCCAUUUGGAUAACCUGGAAGUCGGACCUGAUGAAAAGGUCUUUGAACGAAACCAAACACUGGAUGAGCAUGUACCAAAUGUUAUGAGUGUGCACCAUAUUAUAGAAGAACAUUUGUAUCAAGAAAACCAGUACCUAGAACAGGAGAAUACACAGCUCUUAGAGAAAGUAAAAGCACAUGAAAUUGCCUGGCUACAUGGAACACUCCAGACACAUCGAGACAAGCCUGGAGCACAGAACCGAGUUAUACUGGAGGAGAACACUGCUCUCCUCGGCCUUCAAGACAAGCAUUGUCAGCACCAGGCCACCAUCGCGGAGUUAGAACGGGAGAAAAAAAAGCUGCAGGAGCUGACUAGAAAGUUGAGGGAAAGAGUCACUGCUUUAGUCAAGCAAAAAGAUGUACCUUCUCAAGGAGAAAAGGAGGAAGAGUUGAAGGCAAUGAUGCAUGACCUGCAAAUCACAUGCAGUGAGAUGCAGCAGAAAGUUGAGCUUCUGAGAUAUGAAUCUGAGAAGCUUCAAGAGGAAAAUUCUAUUUUGAGAAAUGAAAUUACUACUUUAAAUGAAGAAGACAGCAUUUCUAACCUGAAAUUAGGGAAAUUAAGUGGAUCUCAGGAAGAAAUGUGGCAAAAAAUAGAAACUGUACAACAGGAAAAAGCUGCAGUUCAGAAGAUGGUUGAAAAUUUAAAGAAACAGAUUUCAGAAUUAAAGACCAAAAACCAACAGUUGGAUUUGGAAAAUAUGAAGCUUAGCCAAAAGAAUUCUCAGAAUCAGAAAGAGCUGCAAGAACUUAAUCAACGUCUGGCAGAAAUGCUAAGCCAGAACAACAAAGAGCCAGGACACAGUGCAUGUGAGGAAUGGGAACAAGAAAAGUCUAAUCUCAAAGAAGAACUGGAACACUGUAAAUUGCAGUCUUCCACUUUAGUGUCUUCUUUGGAGGCAAAACUUUCUGAAGUUAAAAUACAGACUCACAUUGUGGAACAGGAAAACCUCCUUCUAAAAGAUGAAUUGGAGAAAAUGAAACAACUCUGCAGAUGUCCUGAUCUCUCUGACUUCCAGCAAAAAAUUUCUAGUAUUCUAAGCCACAAUGAAAAACUGCUGAAAGAAAAGGAAGCUCUAAGUGAAGAAUUAAAUAUCUGUGUUGAUAAGUUGGCAAAAUCAAGUCUUUUAGAGCACAGAAUUGCUACUAUGAAGCAAGAACAGAAGUCUUGGGAACACCAGAGUGAAAGCUUAAAGUCACAACUAGUGGCUUCACAGGAAAAGGUUCAGAACUUAGAAGACACCCUUCAGAAUGUAAACCUACAAAUGUCCCGAAUUAAAUCUGAUCUACGGGUGACUCAGCAGGAAAAGGAGGCUUUAAAGCAAGAAGUGAUGUCUCUACACAAGCAACUUCAGAAUGCCAGUGACAAGAACCGGACCCCAGAAAUAGGCACCCAUCCAUCAGGAUUCCAUAACCAACAGCAAAGUCUGUCCUGGGACAAGCUGGAUCACCUGAUGAAUGAGGAACAACAGUUACUUUGGCGAGAGAAUGACAGAGUCCCAACCAUGGUACAGAACACCAAAUCGGAACUCAUACUCUCCCGGGAGAAGGUCCGUCAGCUGGAAUCCAACCUUCCUUCUCCUAAGCACCAAAAACAUCUAAACUCAUCAGGUACUGUGAAGCCCACAGAGCAGGAGAAGUUGAGCUUAAAGAGAGAAUGUGAACAGUUUCAAAAGGAGCGAUCUCCUACGAAUAGGAAGGCACACCUUGGAGAUAUUCCGGGUUCAGUUCCAGACAACCACAAUAAAGUUAGUCAGAUAAAAUCCCUUGAACGAGAAUUAGAAACAAUUCAUCUGGAAAAUGAAGGCCUGAAAAAGAAACAAGUAAAACUGGAUGAACAGCUAAUGGAGAUGCAGCACCUGAGGUCCACUAUGAUGCUUAGCCCAUCCCCUCAUGCUUGGGAACUGCAACUGCUCCAGCAGCAGGCCUGUCCAGUGGUUCCCAGGGAGCAUUUUCUGCAGCUUCAACACCAGCUGCUGCAGGCAGAAAGAAUAAACCAGUGCCUGCAGGAGGAACUUGAAAAUAGGACUUCUGAAACCAACACACCACAGGGAAACCAGGAAUACCUGGUAACUGUCAUGGAGGAACGAAUGUUGGAAGUUGAACAGAAAUUGAAACUGGUGAAAAGGCUUCUUCAGGAGAAAGUGAAUCAGCUCAAAGAACAACUCUGCAAGAAUACCAAAGCAGAUGCAAUAGUGAAGGAUUUGUAUGUGGAAAAUGCCCAGUUGUUGAAAGCUUUGGAAAUGACCGAACAGCGACAAAAAACAGCAGAGAAGAAAAAUUACCUUCUAGAGGAGAAGAUUGCCAGCCUCAGUAAUAUAGUCAGGAAUCUGACACCAGCACCACUGACUUCUACACCUCCCUUGAGGUCAUAGCCAAGCCAAAGGAUGAACACUCCUAAUUGUGCACUUUACUGAAGUGGAUGGGACAUUUCAGAUGUUCUCUCAACUGUUGUUGUUGUUGUUUUCUUAGAAACCUUUAGUGGCUUAAAGUUAAGCCUAACAUAAAACUUCCAGGAACAGAAUUAAAGUCUCUAUUCACUGUAAUUAGUUUUUCUAAAUAGACUCUAAUGGAAGUUGCAAACAAAUAUCUAUUUCACUGAACUAUUCCCAAGCUUUGAAUUUUUAAAAAAUAUUCUAAUAACCAUCAAGAAGGUGAUAUGAAAACAAUUCAAGAAUUUUAAAACCCCAGUUUUGAAUGAGUUUUUCAAAAUUACUGUUAUGUACAAGUUUUUAGGUAAAUUGCAGAUUUUUUUAAAUUGAGAUAUUAUUAAUUGGUUGUUUUGAUCUUUAUUUUAAAACCAAAUGUAUGUCUUCUCAUACACUUAAAUUUGUAAGAGUCAUUCUGUUUCUAGUAGUUUGGGUUUUUUAAUUGUUAGACUUUUUGUUUGGUAACAGAAACUAGAGUCAAUAACCACUGAGGUCAGAAAAGGCAGAAUUCAUAGAACUCUACCUUCUAAUACCUAUGACAGUAUUACCACUCUUGAUGUCUUAUAGAUAUAAAACUCAUCUACUCAACUGCACUGUAAACUAAUGUUAAAACUUUACUUUCUUUAAACAGUCUUUUUUUUUUUUUCCUUCUUAGAAGUUUCUUUGGGAGUUUGUCUUCUAAGAAAUGGAUAAAGCCACAUUCUUAAAGCAUUUGAACUAUAGGGUAAGCACUGAACAAACUGCUUUGGAGUAAACAGCUAAUCCUAAAAGAGAGAGGAAGCAAGCCAUGUGGAUUUUUCUCUCUUUAAGGUCUUAGAGUUCAUGAACUUAUAUUUGGGGUUACAUCAAGAACUCAGGGAACAAUACUUUAAGUCAUCUUCCUGAAAUACUGUAGGGCUCUUUAAAAAUUUGAAAUGUACAAAAUAUGUGACCUUAUUUAUUUGUUGUAUAUUUAGAGCCAUAAUGGGAUUUUUAUUUCUACAUUUUUAAUGAAUUUACUUUUCUGGGAAAAGGGCCUUGCUUUUAGAGUUAAAAACCUCUUUUAACUUACAGAAGAGUUAUUAUUUGCUUGUUUGUUUAAUAUGGGUCAAAAUUUCCAUGCUUCCUAUUCCUCGGUACCUUGAAUCUGAUCGUAAGAAUUUCUUACUGUCAUAAGAACUGGCAUGCCUUCUGAGGUAAAGGAGCACCAAAUAGGAUUUCCCAAUCAGUCUCAAGACUAGAACAUUAUAGAACAGUAAACAUUUUGAAUAACUUUUUUCCCCAGAUAAAAUCCCUGCUUCUAGCUUACUUCAGCCAAGAAUUGGUUGGUAAAGAACUUUGUGUGUGGGACACAAACAGACCUUAUUACAGCCACCUGUUUGUUUUUGUGGAAGGGUAAUUAGAUCACAAAAAUCCACUCUGCUAUAUUCCAGGAAAGUCAAGUCCAUCAAUUUUUUUAUAAGAGGUAUCACAGCAAAAUCAAACACUACCUUAUGGGCAGUAACAAAAGGCAAAGCAAACUGCUAACGAAAGCUCUAUUAUCAGAAAUUCCUGAUUUCCCCCCGGAAAAGAAUUAAUUUUAAUCCCUCCCUAUAGUUAUAUUUAAAAACAUUUGACAUCUGCUGUCAUACUUUCCAUAAUCAUUUUUCUCCAGUGCAGAUAGUACUAAACUCAACUAUUUAUGCAGCAUUGACUUUAACACUUAAAACUAUAGAUAGGCCUAGGUUAAGAUCAUAAAUAAACUAAGCACCUGUGGUGUGUUUAUGUGAUAUGCUUUAAGUUAUUCAAGGCUUUUGUCAUCAGAACUGAACACCAAGCGUAUUUCUCAAAAAGAUGGCUUACCAUAUGAUCACAUAUGUUGUAUUUUUAUCUUUAUUUUUUACAUUAUGAAAAGUAUAGGUUAAUUUGUUUAUUUCUUAUAAAUCUGUAUUUAUAUGUAUAUAAAGUGCUGUACAAUGAGUGUAAAUAUGACUUCUGGAAAGUUUUAGACUACAUUUAGAAUCCCUUUAAAAUCAAAAUGCUGCUCAAAUGAAAGUUAAUUUAAUAUCUAGGUGCUUACUUUUUGUUUUACUGAACUUAUAAGACUGGAAAAAAGAUCAACACAAGUAGAGUUACCUUAAAUUUAUAUAUUUGUGCAGCAGAUUAUUUUUGUAGACUAGAGUGGGAAUUUAACUGGCAAUUUGUAAUAUAGCUUACAGCUUUUAAAAAACUUUUAAAGAGAUUAAAUUUAAACUAUUAAAUAUUUAGAUUUUGCUUUCAGACUUUAUAAUAGGACUCCUUAAAAUCAUGUUAUAUAUUUUAUAGGCAUUUAAUUCCUAGUUUAUUAAAAGUACUGGUUGUUAAAUUCAUUUGAUUUCUUAAGAACAGUUAUUUAAAUUAGUUUUAGGAGAUAGGAUCUUCAUUUCAAGGAAAGAGAAUCAAGUUUGCCAUUUUGAUAAUGUUAUCCUUAGAAAGGGAAAAUGUGAAUAAUAAAACCUACAUUGUUCUAUUUUGCUUUCUUCUGCUUUUUAGAAGCCUGAACUCUUAAGCUCAAAUUUGUAAGGGGAGAAAAGUGGAUGGGGAGGGUAGAACCAACCACAGUAUUUAUUUUUCUAAAACUUAAUAAACCCAGAUUUUUUAAAACUAUUGUAAAUGUGAAUUCUUCCCAGCUUCAAAUGCAUUGUUUAUAUAUUUAACCUUAAACAUGUGUAGAUCACAAAGUCAUAGGCUUUCAAGGUAUAGGAGGAGUUCUCACAGGUCUAGCAUUUUGAUAAUGUACCAAUACCCAAAAUAGGCAUUAUGAUGAGGAACUUUUGUUUUUUUAAGAAUGAGUAAAACUUCAACGUGUGAAAAUGAAUUUUUUAUUUCUGUGAUUUCUUUUUUUCUGAGUGAGGGAAAAGACAAAUGUGUUGCUAUUGUCAGCAUCUUAAAGAUAUUCCCACUCAAGGUAAGGCUAAGUGCUUUGUGACAGUAUUAAGUCUUGUUUUGAAUGGAUUACCAAGUGACUAACUGAAAUGAUAUAAAUUAUUGCAAGUAAUGCCAAAACUAAGUCAAAACCUAAUAGCCAAAGCAUUCCUUACUUAAAAGUUAUUAAUUAUAUCAUGUUUGGACCUAUUUGAACAUCUCAAUCCUGUAAAACAUUUUUGGUUUUAUGACAUAUGGAUAGCAGCUUAAUAAUAAAUCUAUCCAAGUCAGCUUUUUGUUUCUCAGAUUUUUUUUUAAUGAUAUACAUUAAAUCUGUUCUUAUUGGAAGACAUUAUCACAGCAUGAUUGAAAGGAACAUUGGUUUUGAAAAGGAAAACCUGAGUUCAUCUAUAGCCAUCACUAGAAUUCUUUUCAUGUAAAGAUAAAUGUGUGUGUUUAUAUCGACUUGGUAUAUUUCAUCUUAGCCAUUCUAUCCUAGAAUUAUUUUACCAUGAGCUUAAAAUGUAAAUAAAUAAUUUUGCAAAUA